GAGCAUGGAUGGCAUUGAACACUUUCGCCGACGGACCUCUGUAUGACAGUGUGAUCUUGUGGCCGGAGUUCGUGGGAAUCCUCGGUGCGUGCUUAGUGGCGGCAUGUCUCUUCACCACCAGAUACAUUUGGAAGAAGGUGGUUUUCGUCCACUUCUACUUCCUCGGCUGCGGAGCACUUCUUCUCGUCAUUAGCGGGGUUUUGUGUAUUAUCAGAGAAGCACAGCCAAUUACCGCACUCUACCUGGGCGCGAUAGGUCAUGGUGUGAUUUAUAUCGCUGGACUCACUUACAUUCACUUCAGAGCGUCCGGAAGACGAGCCUUUAGACUGGCUCUCUGCCAUCUGGUCUAUAUCAUCGGCUACACGACGGCCGUGCACGGGAUCUUCAUCUACGGCCUGGUCAAUUUGGUCUACACCGUCGGAAACUUCAUCCUCUACAGCGCAGUUUCGGCUGUUGCACUCUUCCUCAUCAACGAACUGGCUCAUGGCUUGGGCCUCUAUGACUACAAGAAGUGCCUGGACAGCGAAUUGCACCUUGCCAAUGAGAAGAAGGAUGGAUUCCAGAGUGCUCUCACACUGGAAGCUCAUGCGCCUCAGGACAGCAAUUACUGGGCAAACAGACUUAACGUCCAACCGAUUGUGUUCACAGCGCGUCUCAAGGCAAGAAUACCACAGCAGAACAUCCUCACGCUGGGACUGAUCCUGAGCAAGAUAAAGAACGCCCUCGUCUUCAUCUGGGCCUUCAUGCUAUUCACAAUUCUCACAACUGCAUACCUGGGAAACGGUCUGGAGUUCGUCUAUCUCUACUUCCUUCUCGGUGGUGUUCUCUUCGGCUGCGUGAUCUCGCUAACAGUUAACGGCAAGCAUCUCUACACUGUCUUCACCCUGGCAUUCUCCAUCUGCCUCCUGACCGCCGCGAUUCUCUUCUCCGUCGAACUCUUCGAUCAAUCCGCCGUGUUCUUCUGGCUCUUUUACUUCUUCCUUGGAUUCGGUUACUUCCUGCCCGACAUUGGCAUCCUCGAUGUCACUGAUCUCAAGUUCUCCGAAGUCGCACUGGCCGGAGGAUACUUCAUCCAGUACUUCCUCAUUGCUCUCACGAAGUUCGGCCACUGGACAGAUCCUUACACUCCCAUCGACGCAAAUACCUUGCUGUGGUCCUACUCAGGAUCAUUUGUGGGCGUUUCUCUGCUGCUCCUCAUCAUCAUAGCAGUGCUGCACCCAAAAACCCUCAACCUAUCACUGCUGGACAUUCAGUACGCCAUCAUGUACAAUGAGGAUCGAUGGAAGGCGAAGAAUCACGAGAUUCUUGCCUCUCCACUUCCUCAGGCUGCUCCUCAGUCUGUUCCUCAGAUCAUCAGCACAACGCCGUCUCAAGUGUCUGACGAGCGACCGGCCUUCAUGAGAGCUCAGUCGCAGCCUCAAACCCCAGGACUUCAAGUCCCGGUAAGUCAACCAAGGCGCAUCUCGCAGGGAACGGACUUGCCGCUCUUCCAUCAUCCUUGGUAUCCGCAGCAGUCAAGCAAUGAUCCUGUGCCGACUCGAAAUGGCGCCAACGGACACGACAACCCAGGCUUCGAUUAUGGGAGCGUGAAGACGCGCCAAAUAGUGCCCAGAGUCAAUAAUUUAGUUGGGCAGUAAUUCAUUUCUACCCCAAGACUAAUGAG